AGUACUAUAACCUCCGAUCGACAUGAGAUUCUGUAUACAUAUAACAUAUCUAUAUAUAUAUGCACCGCGGCGCUUAUGGAUGGAUUUUAAUUUAGAAUGGAAUCUCUAAUUAAUUUGCUGCAGAAGUGCGGAUAGUGUGCAUGGCUUCUUCCAGUAGUUAUUCAGCAUCCUGCAAUUCUCCAUGUGCUGCGUGCAAGUUUCUGAGGAGAAAAUGCAUGCCGGAUUGUGUAUUUGCUCCCUACUUCCCACCGGAGGAGCCGCACAAGUUUGCCAAUGUUCACAAGAUAUUUGGAGCGAGCAAUGUUAGUAAGCUUCUCAAUGAAGUGCUCCCUCAUCAGAGGGAAGAUGCAGUGAACUCUCUUGCCUACGAAGCCGAAGCAAGAAUCAAAGAUCCGGUGUACGGAUGCGUUGGAGCCAUCUCAGUCCUUCAGAGGCAGAUCCUUCGCCUUCAAAAGGAACUCGACGCCACUAAUGCCGACCUCCUCCGCUACGCCGGCGCUAGCUGUAACCGUGGAACUGAAAGAGGGUCUCAUCAUCUUGGUCCAAAUCCUGGUCUGUACAGCUUCUCUUCCUCAUUGGGUAGUGCUCAUCAGCCUUACGGAGAUCACAGAAACUAAGCCAGAGAUCAUCAGACGAGUAAAUUUGUAUAUUGAUAUGACGUCAUAUAUAUGAUUUCAUUGCUAUGUACUUGUUCGUCGAUCUUUAUGUGGAGCGCUAGACUUGUAUUAUCUAGGGUUUGAUUGAUUCAGAUGCAGGGUUUUCUCCUGGGCUCCUGGCGUCCUAGCUAAGUAACUAGCAUGUAUAAACUCUUUUCUGUUUAUAUUUAUUAUCUGGACUCGAUCUGAUCUCUCUUCUCUUAAUAGUGAAGGGGUCAGUUUAAAUAAUUAUGGUGUUCUGUCCCUGGCUAAAUAAGGAACUAUUUAUUGGUCAGUUUGUUGUUCUUUACAAAUAUA